GAGUUCAGCCCUAAAACUAGUUAUGACUUUGGUUGUUAACUUUGGCGGUGAUAAAAUUUCUAUCUCUUAGUUGAAGUAAGAGUAAGUAAAGUAAGUUAGAGAGUGUGUAAUUCUUACACUUGACUAAAUGACUUUAACUCAUAUUAUAUGAAUUGAUAAAAAGAUUCAUUUUCUGUCGUACUAGUAUGUUUGAUCCUCCUGUUUUAAUAAUAGCAAAACCUUCUUCAUGAUAAGAGUGAGUCGAAAGUAGAGCUGUCGCAUCCGCUUUCUAUGAUUAUGUUGUCCACAAAUAAGCCCAGCUUAGUAUGUUCCAAGAUCUCCUUUAAUAUCUUUUUAUCGCAACUUAUCAGGAACAGUUGAAAAUGGGUUUUAGAAAAUGUGUAUAGGUAAGAAAAUGUAUAUUAAUUAAUAUCAUUUUAACGGCACCCACGGAGGGAACUCAACUGCUGUAAUUACACAGGACCCCAGCGGUAACUACCACUGCGCUUAAUCUUUAAUGAUAAUAUCAGGAAAAGGAAACAUUUUUCACAAACCCGUACCUUACCAUUUGCAUAGGGAAAGAAACCGAGCCUAGUUAGGGGCAUAUAUACGAUGAGUCUAUUCAGCUUUAUCCUUCUGGGCCUCGUGGCAUCCGUCACUAUCUGCUACGGAUCUGCUCACACAAUCAGUAGGCCAGGAUCAAAAAUGUUAAUGGAUCUGUACCAGGAAAGAACAACAUGCUCUCCAACAACGACAACGUGUUCCCCAACUACCACGACUGAAGCUACAACGACAACAUGCUCUCCAACAACAACAACGUGUUCCCCAACUACGACGUCUGAGGCUACAACGACAACGUGUGCCCCAACUACCACGACUGAAGCUACAACGACAACAUGCUCUCCAACAACGACAACGUGUUCCCCGACUACCACGUCUGAGGCUACAACGACAACGUGUGCCCCAACUACCACGACUGAAGCUACAACGACAACAUGCUCUCCAACAACGACAACAUACUCUCCAACAACGACAACGUGUUCCCCAACUACCACGACUGAAGCUACAACGACAACAUGCUCUCCAACAACAACAACGUGUUCCCCAACUACGACGUCUGAGGCUACAACGACAACCUGUGCCCCAACUACGACGACUGAAGCUACAACGACAACGUGUUCUCCAACAACUACAACAUGUGCCCCAACUACGACGACUGAAGCUACAACGACAACAUGCUCUCCAACAACGACAACAUACUCUCCAACAACGACAACGUGUUCCCCAACUACAACGACAACGUGUUCUCCAACAACGACAACGUGUUCCCCAACAACCACAAAUGAAGCUACGACGACAACAUGCUCUCCAACAACGACAACGACUGAAGUUACGACGACUACAUGUUCCCCAACCACAACCGAGGCUCCAAGGACAACGACAAAGAACGUUUAGUCUCCAACGGCAACAACGUGUGCUCCAGCUUCUACUGCGACGACGACUAACUCUGCUAUGGGAACAUUGAGUGCCCCAACAACAAUGACAACCCCACAACAGGCAACAACCAACUUCCUGCAACCCCAUCACAACUACUGCAGUCCCUUGACUAUAAUAUACCCGUUAUCUAACUACAGGGUAGACACAUUUUUCUACCUGUAUUAAAAUUUUUUAACGAUU